ACGCCCCCUCCGUCUAGACCCGGCCCCUCUCGGAGCUGAGACGCUCAGUCGGAGCCGGAGCUCCGAGCGAGAGGAGAGAGCAAAAAUGGCGUCCAAUGCAGAUCUUGGGAACUAUGGACAGUCGGCUCCUCAGAGCUAUGGGGCCUACAACGCCCAGUCCAGCCAGGGGGGCUACUCUCAGCCUCCACCUCAAGGCUACAGCCACCAGGGCUACAGUGGUUACGGCCAGUCGGGGGACUCGUCGGCGUAUGGCCAGAGUGGGGGCUACAGCUCGUCCUACAGUCAGGCACAGAGUGGUUAUGGGAGUCAGCCUCCCUCUCAAGGGUACACUCACUCCAACCAAGGAGGAUAUGGCUCAGGGAGUUACAGCAAUGCCCAGGGAUCCCAGAGUUCUUAUGGGCAGCAGUCCUCUUACCCCAGCUAUGGGCAGCAGCCAACCUCCACCUCAUCAAGCAGCUACGGGGGCUCAAACUCGCAGAGCUCUUAUGGGCAUGCCCAGGGAAGCGGUUACAGCCAGCAGCAGAACUAUGGCCAGCAACAGAGCUCAUACGGCCAACAGGGGUCCUACAACCAGCCACCGAGCUCCUAUGGCCAACAGCAGGGCUCCUAUGGCCAACAGCAGGGCUCCUACGGUCAACCCAGUGGCUAUCAGGGCCAGCAAGGAGGAUACAGCCAGCAAGGACAGUUUGGGAGCAGUGGAGGUGGUGGCGGCAGUGGUGGUGGUGGAGGAGGAGGUUCCUCAGGAGGAGGUGGAUACAACCAAGAUGCCAGCCCCUCGAGUGGUUACGGGAGCCAGGAAACCGGCAGCUUCGGAAACCAGCAGGAUGGCCGUGGCAGGGGCCGUGGGGGCUACAACCGCGGGGGCGGUGGUUUCGAACGUGGUGGCAGUGGUGGAAGAGGAGGUCGUGGAGGUCGUGGUGGGGGCAUGGGCGGUGGUGACCGAGGUGGAUUCAAUAAGUUUGGUGGCCUGAGAGACCAAGGACCUGUUGCUCCCAAUCCAGGAUCUGACCAGGAUAACUCGGACAACAACACCAUCUUUGUCCAGGGCCUUGGUGAUAACGUGACUGUUGAAGCGGUUGCAGAUUUCUUCAAGCAGAUUGGUGUGAUCAAGGUGAACAAGAGGACUGGCCAGCCGAUGAUAAACCUCUACACUGACCGCGAGACUGGGAAGCUGAAGGGAGAGGCCACAGUCUCCUUUGAUGACCCUCCUUCUGCCAAGGCAGCUAUCGAUUGGUUUGAUGGGAAGGAGUUCAAUGGAAAUCUGAUUAAAGUCUCCUUCGCCACCCGGAGAGUGGAGUUCAGCCGAGGGGGAAUGAGAGGUGGAGGAGGGAGAGGAGGCGGCGGAGGGAGAGCGUCGGCGGGCCGUGGGGGAUAUGGCGGCGGAGGUCCUCGUGGUAGCUUCUCUGGCGGAGGUGGGGGAGGAGGCGGAGGUGGAUCUGGUGGGGGUCAGCAAAGAGCCGGAGACUGGAAAUGCACCAAUCCGACCUGUGGAAACAUCAAUUUCUCGUGGAGGAACGAGUGUAACCAGUGCAAAUCGCCCAAGCCUGAAGGAGGCCCACCACCAAUGGGUGGUUUUGGAGGUGAUCGCGGCGGAGGUGGUGAGCGCGGUAACAGAGGAGGGUUUGACCGUGGCGGCUUCAGGGGCCGCGGUGGUGACAGAGGAGGGUACCGUGGCAGAGGUGGAGACAGGGGCGGUUAUGGCAUGGGAGCUGGCAAAAUGGAUUCCAGGAGCGACCACAGGCAGGACCGGCGAGAGAGACCCUAUUAGAUUGUGUACAUAUUCAUUGGGACCAUAUGGGAUUUGUACCUUUUAAUUUUUUUAUUUUAUAUACUGUUACUGCGUUUGCGAUGUGCUGCGAGCUGUGUAAUAACUGUUAUAUUGUGAGGGGAGCUGUUGUUUCAUUUUGGUUUUGUAUCCGUUGGAUUUUACCUGUAUUUUCUCAAGUUGACAUUAAAAUUCCAACCGUUUUAACAA